AUGGAUAAUCCCAAUGGGGAUUAUGGUAUUUGUCGCGCGUCGAAUGAUCGGAAAAAAGAUGCCAAAUGCAUGUGUUCCGUGUCUGAUGCUGUGUGUCAUCCAAAAUCCGAUAUCAAUUGCUGUUUCGGUCUCUUCUGUGACAUGACCAAUAACCCCAAUGGCGAUUAUGGAAAAUGUAAACCGUCGCAUGAGUCGAAGAAUCCACUCAAGAAGAUUGAAGAUGCAGGAAAAUGUUUGGAAUCGGGUACCAUGCAUUGCAAUCUGCGAGGUGCACCACCAUGUUGCUCCGGCGCAAAAUGUAACAAGGUUGGAAGAUCCGAUAGCCAAAUGUUCUUGUGCGAAAAGGACUCCAAUGAUGAGGAUCAAGAUGGUGAUGACAUGUGUUUGAAACCUGGUUCAAUGCAUUGCAACUACCUUGGCUCCCCAAAAUGUUGCAGCGGAUCAAAAUGCAACAAGGUUGGAAAAUCCGACAGUAACAUGUUUAUGUGCGAAAAGGAUUCGGAUGACGACGAUAAGAAACAAUUUUUAGUUCCUGGAGUAUACCACUGCAAUAUGCAUGGCUGCCCUGGAUCAAGUUGUAAGAAUGUCAGAGGUGAAAACUUCAUGUGUGCAAAAGACUCUGAUGAUGAUGACGAUGUUUCAUCUACUCUCUCCCAAGAUCAACAACCACUCUUCUCAUCAAAAGACAAAAAUGUCUUCGAUGAAGAUUGUGACAGGAAUAUGUGUAUUGAAGGAGGCCAGAUGUGUCAUCGCCACAGACAAAAUUCCAAGUGUCCACCUGCUCCAUGCUGUCCGGAUUUCCAAUGCGCACAUAUGGAUUCUCAUCAUGAACCUUUCUGCGUCUCCAUGUCCAAUCCGAACGAAAAGACUGCAGUGACUUCCUCAGAGAACCCCACGAUGUCAAAGAAGAAGAAUGAACUGAUAACUGAAGACUGCGCACCACAAGAGCCCACUGGAUGCUCACCUUCUGGUUGUGAGAGUCCCCCUUUCUCCUCACGAAAUAGUAGAACUGACAAAGAAAGGUCCAUGUAA